AUGUUGCGUUCACUUCAUACAGCAGCUACUUCUGCCAACAGGAGGCUAUACUCUCUGGCAUGUCUUUCGAAUAGAAAUGGAAACAAAAUCAUUGAAACACUUUUGAGCCAUCAUACAUUCGACCCAAUUCGCCGUCACUUACCCACGGAUACGGCCACCCUCGAUCCAUACUCUCUAUCACAGAAUGUUAUUAAAAGCCUAAACACGUUAAGGGUCGCCAAAGAAGAUGCAGCCGUGAUACACAAUAUGAUGAUAGAAAAUCUAAGUGGUCUUGACUACAGCAUUGCAACAAUUCACUCUAAGAAUUUGCGUGACCUUGGUUUGAGGCCAUCAGUUUCCGCCAUAAAGCAAAUAAUCAAAAACAACCCGGGAAGGGUACAAAGUUCAUGGGAAAUUUUCAUGAAAUAUAAAGCUUUAGUACAAAAUGUUCCUGAUGAAUUGAUUGAGGUGGUUCUAGAGAAAAUCAUUAACUUUGACAAGGCCGAAAAGAUCGAUGGAAAGGAAAAAUUAACUUUUCAAGAUCUGGCAAGGUGUUUAUAUUUAAUGGAUCACCUUUCAUCGAAGAAUGUUAUAUCUUCAAGGCUCAUAGAACCCAUUCUCAUUUAUGCAAUAGACAAUGGAAUUCCUAAUAUUUUAGCUUUUAUGGUGGAAUAUAAAAUACCGUUAAACUUCUUUGAUAAGUAUAUCAACGAAUUGACACCCUGCCAACUUUUCGAUCUUUACAGCUUCUACGCACCUCAUAAUGUGAUAGUUGAUCCAUUAAUGCUACAUAAAUGUGUAGCAAUCCUGGGAGAAAACGGGACGAUCGCUCUUACUGAAGACGAAAAUGAAAUAAUCAGUAAGCUGCAGGAAGAGAUAGAAAGUGUUAAGUUGCAGUGUCACGAUAGUUGGGACUUCGAUUUUCCGAAAGACAAUGCUCGCAAAACAGAAACGGCAUUCAAAAAUUUAUUCUUAGAAAUUAGGAAAAGAAACCUAGACAAAAUGGACUUUAAGUUAGCUCUCACAUUAUUGAGGGUAAUUGGAGCUUUCAAAGGUGACAUUGCCCUAUUUUUCGAGUUGUAUUACGAAUACCUCUUGAACUUCAAGAAUAAUGAAGAAAGCCUAAUGUUUGAAGCGUUUUUGGCGCUCUCCUGCCAAGGCUAUAAAAAAGGUAAUGUCAAAAUGCUGGAAUAUGCCGACGCUUUUGUAAAUGACGGUACUGAUGACAUGCUUAAAAGCAAAACUUUAAGCGUGCUAAUUGUCGCCAAUGCAAAAACAAAUAUAAAUUUAUCUCUCCAGAUUUACAAUUCUAAUAUAGCCAAGGCUAACAAGGGAAAAAAUGAUUCCACAGAUCUUGCUGACAGUGACAUACUUACUGAGUCGCUUAUUUUAGCUUUUUUAUCCAAAGGUGAUGCUGAUUUUGCUAGGGUCAUCUUUGAUGGUGCAUUAGGAGAGAAGGUGAUAUCGGGACCCACUGCUGCAAAAAGAAUAAAGAAGCUCUUGGCGCGAUAUGGAGAAGCGGUAGAGGCUAAAGAAAGCAAAGAAGUUAUGCAAUCUAGGAUAGAGCAUUAUAUGAAAACCAUUUGA